CAACUGCCUAAUGGCUUUGCAAAGAAGGCACACCACCACUGCAAUAAGUGCAAUACAGCGUCUCCAAAGUAAAACGCUUUAGUUGUAUUUAUUUUAGCCAAACAUUUUUAACAGUUUGUAAGAACUAAACUCAAAAUUAGCGUUAGUCAAUUAUGGCAAUAAGAUGGACGCAAGAAGUCGAUGGAGGCCCUCGAAGAGUAAAUCAUGCUGCGGUGUCAAUUCGGAAUCGUUUUAUUUUUAGCUUUGGAGGUUAUUGUACUGGAGAGGAAUAUAACCAAAUUGUCAAGAUAGAUGUGCACGUUUUCGAUACAGGUGAGGCUGUAUAGUUACAAUUUAUACAGCGGAGACAGCGCCUGAAAAUUGAUGACGAGUGUUGGCUAAGUGUUUUGCGGAACGUGUUGGUUUACAUCUUAAUUUUGAGGAGGGUCGAAAACGUACCGGAAAUGUAUUGUUUUCGGACUAUGCACAACAAAUAUUUGCAUAAAAUCACUGCUUUGUGUUUUCAGAGGUUUUAACAGGUUGUUGAUAAUUUUCAAGCCUACAUUCGUAUCCUAUUUAGAUAUUUAGAAUUUUCCUAAACGUCCAUUUUGACAUGUGAGAUGCACUUGAGCGAGCGUGUUUAUUUCGGAUUCGAAGGCUCUCAGCUUAUUAGUUUGUGAUUAAUAAAUUAUGCCACCACAAGCAAGUGGGCAGAUUGUGUUGUUUUUGUUCGUAAAAGAAUAGCACAUACUAGGUAAGAUAAAACACCGCAAUUAUUCGAGGCAUAAAAAAUGUUCAGACUAGCUAUUUCAUUAAGUUGUUGGAACAUUUCUUAAUCUGUUUGUCACUAAACAUUUUUUCUCGUGGGUGCAAUACUCGUCUUAUUAUGGAUGUGAAUCAAAUCGUUUAUGCCGAAGCUGGAUAGUUAUUUACUUGCUCAAUUCACAGCUUUGUGUCUUUAAGUUCUUUUGAAAAGGUUAUUUUUGCUUGGAACAUUGAUUUUACGAUGUGAGUCUUAGAAAAAACUUAAAUCAGUGAACUUUCAAUCAGAUUGUCCCAUGCAUCUCCAAAUUUGUCAUGCAUCAACAAAGUUAGUAACAGCAGCGUGAACCUGUAUAUAAAAAAUGUGCCAUUAUUAUUUUACUGAUGGAAUUCUUUUUCUAAUCUCCACGUCUGGACUCAUUAGUGCUUUCUCUGAUUUACAAAUACUCAUAGUAAACAUAUACAUUCCCUUAAAUUUCUGAACAGUGCCAUGCCGAUGGAUGAAGAUCUCUGCUUCUUCUCCAGAAGGUUAUGAAUCCAUUCCAUACAUGAGAUAUGGUCACAGUGCGUCAGCUAUUGGGGACUUAGUUUAUAUAUUUGGUGGAAGGAAUGACACCUAUGGAGCCUGUAAUACUCUCUUCUGCUUUGACACAGGUGAUCCUUUUGACUGAGGGCCUGUUUACAUGGAGGUGGGGGACCCCAGAUAGGUGCGGUAACAUGUGGUGGGUCACACCACCUAUCGUGUUAACGCGAUCAAAGUAAAAUGAGAGAUUAUAUGGACAGGCGGGUUACCCCACUUAGGCAGGUUACCUCACUUACCAGGGGUCCCCCACCUCCCUGUAAACAGGCCCUAAUUGUUAAACAGUACUAUGGUUCUAUGUCUAGUGGACUUAGGUUAUAUUCACACUAAAGCGGAUAGCUUUUGCGCUGCCACAAAAAUCAUAGCGGAAAGGGCUUGUGCUCACUCACAAGAACGGUUGUGGUGGUGCGAUUUCUGUGAUGGAGCAAAGCUGCACAGUGCUGAUCUCGAGUGUAGAGGGCACAUAUUGGAUAGUUGGUUUUUUGCCAUACUUUGGUACAGUGUGAACACAUAUUUGGCCCAUCACAGAAGUAAAUAAGUAGCAGUGAGGACUGGAAAUAAUUAGGAGUGAGAACUGGAAUUUAGUGCACCAAACCCCCCUCAGCCAACCACAGCAGCGCGAUGUUCAAUGUGUGUGAAAGACUUGUACCACCCCCAAGCUGUUGCUGUUCUUAUUUUACCAGAUAGCUUUUUGUAGUACCAUGAAAAGCUAAAAUGUCAACAUUGGUCCUGUUGUGUCACUCUGCAUGCCUGGGACAGCGGAGGCUGCUGACCAGCAUUGUUUCGCAUUUAACUUAGCUUAAAUAACAUUUGACCACAUCAUAAGUUAUUGUUGUUUCUGUCAUACUCAGAAAACUGUGAGCACCUGAAGUAUUUCAGAAAUGUUUAUUGUGUUGUGGCCAAACAGAACAAAGAUCAGGACAUGGGGGGAAGCCACAAAACCACAAACUUAUUACCGUUGUUAAUUGCAAUUUAGCUUUCUGACAACUGAUUGACUUUUUCCUUGCAACUCAAUAAAAUGAGGGCAUAGCCAAGCGGUUAGAGCAGUUAGGGCACUGUAUUUGUUAUUUUGAAGCCCCAAGUUCAAGUUCCCUAACUAGACUGCUAACUAGAUUUGUUCUUGGUAGUCUAGAGUUGAAAUCAUCGGCUACGCUUGUAAAAUAGCCAACUGGUUAACCUAGAACCAGUUAGAAAUAUUAACCAUGUUAUGUUCCAUUUAAAUUAUUUGUUUUAUUUAUCCCUGGAAAGCCCCAUAAGGGAAGUGGAUAAUGAACUAUUUAAAUAUCUCUGGUGUCCAUGAUUUUCUGAGUUUCACAAUAAAGUUUUGUGACCUGUUUGUAGAAACUUGCAGCUGGUCCAGACCUAAAGUGAAUGGAAGACCUCCAGCUGCACGUGAUGGACAUACAGCUUGUGUUAUUGAUUCAAGGAUUUAUAUUUUUGGUGGUUAUGAAGAAGAGGUAUGAUCCUGACCCUUUCUUGUCUACAUUGUUUGCAGCUGAUGGGGAAAUGUGUAGAUUUUAAGAGAUUACUGUUAUUAAAGUCUGUGUCAACUAAGACCUCUGGCUAUAAGGUUUACUAAUUUACUAAGGUUUACCAAUUUUUGGCAGGGUUACUGCAACAGUGUCAAUACUACACCGAUGUACGGGCCUGUAACAGUCCAUCCCCCCCAUGAGAGAUAGACCACACCACCGGGGACUCAUGUAUGUCCCCUAUUUUUUAUGAGCAAUGUGUGGGUUCUUUUAUUAAUGUCCCACGGAAUUGAAAUUUACAUGUGCAAGGGUUGUGAGACAGGACCUAUGGUUUAUCGUCCUUACCCAAGAAGACAAAAGACCCUGAUUUUUGGUCUAGCCAGGGUUUCAACCAGCCGCCUCCCCUUCGGCAGGGUGGUGCUUAUCCAACUAAGGUAUUAACUGGGUGGCAGUAAAGAGGAACGCCUGACUAAGAUGGUCACUCAGUGCCGUUCCCAACAGGGUCCGUUUUAGGAAGAGCUGAGUCUCUACAUGAUACUAGAGCUGUGAGUUAACUGUAGUCCUUAAAGGGGUUGUGUUUUGGCUGGCUACUUUAUUUUGUUUAUAAUGCCAGUUAUGCAUCCAUAUUUUCUAUAAACAAACUCUUGUUGGAAUGUUUGAAAAGGUGGCGGCAGCUGCUUAAUAGAGGUUUAAGUUCACAUUCUUUUCUACAAAAAAAUUAUAUUAUUUCGAGACUUUUAUUGAUGGCCGCUUAAUAGGUGGCCACCUAAUGGAGGUUGACCUGCUCUUACAAGUUCUGGUUAUACCUAAUCCUUUAAAGUUAUAACUGUGUGACUCUAUUUUUUAAGGGGGAGUGUUUCUCCAACACUGUUGAAUAUCUGGACACUCAAACAUUAACAUGGCAUGCACCCAGAGUAAUGGUAAGUUUAUUGUAAAAUCUUUCUGUUGUGGCUAAUUUCUUUGCAAGGGUAUUGAUCAGUACUUAACACCCUAAUCACUAUUGUCAGUAUUUUUACAUACUGUAAAAUUCUGAAAAUAAGCCCCUCCAUGUAUAAGCCCAUCCAAAUAUAAGCCUCUCAAAAUCGUAACGCAAAAAAACCCUCUGUUAAAUCGUCCCUCCAAAUAUAAGCCUCCCGGGGGGCUUGUACUUGGAAUUUGCCCUUGAAUACAAAGUAAAACAAAGCAGAAAUGGUAAAUUUCCUUCCCACUACAAGCUAGCCCAAUCGAAUUUGAAAUGCAAAUUUCCCUCCGUACAUAACCCCUCCAAAAAUACGCUCCUCAAAAAGGGCCUUUGAAAAAUAUAAGCCCGGGGCUUAUUUUCGGAAUUUUACAGUAGGUUAGAAAAAUCAACUUAGCUUAAAUCAAAAUUAACCUGAAAUCAAAUUAGACCUGUAACAUAUAUUCAGGGCAAAAAUGAUGUACUGGUGUUUGUACAAACUAGCUUGAAUAAUUGGAGGAAUUCUUUGUUUCUGUUCUUCAGGGUAAACCAGCCAAAUGGCGGGACUUUCAUUCAGCAACUGCUGUUGGAACAAACAUGUACAUUUUUGGAGGAAGAGGUAAGAUUGUAUUCUCUGUUCAAUGUACUGUUAACAACUGAGUGUACAAUCACACAUCCUUGUAAACCACCCACAUGUACUACCCAAAAUACAAAAAUCAGAAAUUGUUGUCAGAACCUCUUAGGACAUUAGAUUUUGUCAUAUUGGGUGGUCAAUACUAAUUUAGGGAAAUGUUUUCUUAUUCAUAGAGAUCACUGCUUUUUUUGUUACAGGGGACAGAAGAGGGCAUGAACACAGUGGUGAAGAAGUUUAUUCCAAUUCUGUCAGAGUGUUUGAUACAGGUGUGUUGGGUUUGCUUGGUUCCAUGUUAUUGGCCAGCUCCUGGUACAAACUGUCUAACUUGGGCAACUGCAGAAAAAUCUGACUAGCAGGAAUUAAAUGGCACAACACUUAUCUGAGCAACACUAUUCCUUCAGUCUAGACAUAAUUUGUAUAGCCAACCAAAAAGAUUUACAUGUGCUUGUAAUGUCAUUGACACCCAGGGAAUAAAGACUUACAUGUAUGAGUAAGGAACCCAUCUGUAGAAGAAAAACUGCUUGGGGAACCAUUACACAGAAGAAGAUCCAGGAAUCAUCCAGCUGUGGUCUUUAUUGAUCAGUUACAAUCUAGAAUGAGACACUUGACUACAAAGACUACUUCGUCAUUCAGCACAUGUGGUAACGCUACACAAAUAAAUGUACAUUAUAUUGUGUGAAACACUGUAUUCUUGGUUUCAUCUUUGCAGUAAAAAACUGUUGGUUUAAACUGAAAACAUCUGGAGAGGUACCAGUUGGACGACGCAGUCACUCAGCAGGUUGGUUAAUUUACAUAAAGUGGUUUCUUGGGAAAAAAUUGCUUGCCCUUCUGGAAAGCUGUUGAUCAAGUUUACUUGCCCAGAGCAGUCACACUGGCCCCAAACUUUGUUUUGCACUAACAUUCACUUAUCCCAGCAAAUAUUGCUUGCCUAUUGAACAACUUGUUAGUAAUUAAAAGAAGCUAGCCUUAUAGGGCACGCCAUUAACCCAGAACUAUCAUGCAGCCAUUUAUCCCACUCCGCAAACUAAAUAAUAAUUUUUAUUUAUAUUAAUUUGUUUUAUUGUUUGUUUACAGUUGCCUAUGGCAAACACAUUUUUGUGUUUGGUGGUUACAAUGGACUUGAAAGGAAACAUCAUGGAGAGGUGUAUAGUUUAGAUGCAGGUGUGAAUUCAGUGAAGCAAAUAUAGAUAAGAGUGCUUUUUUUUUGAAAAUCAGUGUUUGUUGACAUAUUUUGGAUAUUUAUACUAUGCUGUAGCUGGAGCAAAGGACGUUUGACCAAGGAAAGAUUUUUUAUCAUCUUUACUCACAUACCCAUGCAAAGGUCAUCUGUCUGUUUGUGUGACUGGUUUUUAAAGAUCCAUCAGUGUUAUUUAUGAUGUUUAUUAUUAUUGUUAGUUUAUCAGGCAUUUACCUUGAGAUACUUUCAUAAAUACGUAUUAAUAGUAAAUAAUAUAAUAUAUUCUAUAGAAUAAUGUAUCAUUAGGAUAUUGGAUAUUUUCUGUGAAGAAGUUAUUCUAUUGACUGGUGUACAACAGCAAUUAAAAGUCUUAAUCUGCAAUUAUGAGGGACAAAAUAUUGUUGUCCAGGGUGCGUUGUGUAACAUAGAAAUCUUUGAUCUCCUCUCCACCAUUCUGAGAGUUGGUUUGCUUUUCAGACCCCACAGGCCACCUGACCGGCAGCGUAGCAUUACAUGAUGGAUUUUAGGGGGGGAGGGAAGGGAGUUACACUUUUGAUUACUUGGGGAGCCAAUGUGGCUUAGCGGUUAUAGCGCUGGAUUUGUGAUCUGGAGUCUCUGGGUUCAAGUCGCUCCCUGACUGCUAGCUGGAUUUGUUGUCGGUAGCUCUCAUGCAUCCUCAUCCAUGCUUGUAACAGAGCCAACUGGUUUGCUUCCCACCAGUUGGGAUUCUUAACCAUGUCAUUUUCUAUUUGAAUAAUAUUAUUUCUUUCAUUAUCCCUGAUAAGCACCAGGGGAGAGGAUACUCAGUAUUUAACUUUUAGUUUACUUUGUGGCAAGUUUGAAUGAUUGUAAAUAAUGAUUUCUCUUUUUUGCUGUUUUGUCUUAGAAACCAAAGUGUGGGUUAAGCGGAACGUCUCAGGCCAUGGUCCGUGUCCACGCCGAAGACACUGCUGUUGUCUCAUAGGAUCAAAGCUCAUGAUAUUUGGAGGCACAAGGUAAGAGAUUAGCCUGAUUAUCAUCAGUAACAUAAGGAAAGGGAUUGUACUCUUCAAACCCAACAUCAAUCACCUGCUUACUAUCAGGUGCCCCCCCUCUUACAACCCCAUCACUGACCUGCAAUGCAAGAUGAGUUUGUGUUUUUACAAUUUGCAGCCUUUUGUAGGUUGAGAAUUAAACUUAAGUAGGCCAUAGUUUUUAUUUUCAAUUAAUGUUUAAUGCUUUAAUUCCAUAUUACCUGUCUCAGUUUUUGUCCACUGGAAAAUCAUACACAUACAGCUGUAGUAUGAAAUGAUGGAUGGCCCCAGGGAGGAUUAGCAUGGUUUUAAUAAAAUGAGUGAAGUGCUUGUGAGCACUUUAAUACAAAAUUCUUUGUUGAGCCUGGUUUUCUUACUGUUGCUUGUAUUCAUAGAAUGGCCUCCUGUUCUUUUGCAUGUUUCCUUAAUUUAAGCACUUUCAUGUGGAACACCACUUGUUAGCUUAAAAAAGAGAGAAUGAAAUGCUAUGUUGUCUGUGGCUUAUGGUACAAGUACAGCGCAAGUACUGUUUAUUGUUACUAUGUUGCAACAUAUAAAUAAUGCAGUUUUUGUUUAUGGAAAUUUAUUUUACCGGUUUUUUUUAUGUUAUAGUCCUGUCUCUGGAGCUCCAAUUGAUGAUGAGUACAAUCUUCAAGAUCACUCUGAUCUCUACAUCCUAGAUCUUGGUAAGCAAGGGUUUAAUCUUAAUAAAUUAUGAUUUUUUCGCUAAAUCCGGUUUUGAAGACACUAGAAAAAGAGUUAUUGAGAUUUUAGGCUGGUUUGGUCUCAAGAUUGGAUCAAAAUAGUGUAAUUAAUCUCAAAUAUGUAUUGUAGUUGGCAACAGAAGAAAAUACCAUAAUAUUAUUUAAACUGUUGUUUGGAUGGUGCUUCAUGUGAACCUGAUAUUUGCGUGGUGGUUUAUUCUUUGUAUGAGCUGCAUGUGCAGAGUAUACCUGUUUACAAGAAGCUGAUGCCGCAUUGCACAUGUAAACCAUGCAAAGAACAAAAUAACCUUCUUGCAAAAGUGGCUUUGCAUGAAGCACCAUCCAAAUGGAAAUUGUAAUUAAAUGAUACUAUAAUAUUUUACAUCUUAGCCAAUCUGUAGCAGUGCCAAGUAAUUUACUAUGCCUUUGAUAUCUCAUGUCGACAGAACUAUUAAGCUUGGACGAUUUUCCAAGAAUUUCUGAUGUCAUCUUUUGAAGAUUUUCAAUGUUUUGAAGUUGACCAAAAGUUAAUGUUUCUAUCAUAAAAGAAGUGUGAAAACUUUUGAGUGUUUUUGAAACUGACUCGAAGACUUCUGAUGAUUGCUAGAAUGUAAGAAGAGCACAAGACCAUGCUCACAUUAUCUUUCCGAACUGCUGACAGCUACGAAAGUGGAUAUGUAAAGUUAUGUUGUUGUUGUUGUUGUUAGUGUUAUUUGGAAUAAAAUAGGGGCUUUCAAGGUAACGGCUGUUGUCUUUUCUUAUCCCAUUUUGGUAUCUGUUGUAAAUGCAUCUAAAACAUAGCAUGUUCUACUUCACAGAGCCAUCUCUUCGAACAUUGUGUAAACUGGCAGUUAUUCAGUACAGACUAGAUCAGACACCAUUACCCAAAGUGCUCAAGUAAGAGGAUAAUUAAAACACAUUAUAUAGCAUUGUUAACAGCUACACUGGAAAUUAGUGUUCAGUGGCUUUGAUUUAAAUAGUCACACUAUAGGAUUUUAUCCACAGAAUCAAAAGUUAUACCCACUUUGUACAGCAUAAUAAACAGCACCACAGGAAAGCACUGCUCAGUAGCGUUCAUUUGAAUGCCAUCACACAAUAGGAUUUCAUCCACAGAUUCAAAAGUUAGACCCACUUUGUACAGCAUAGUAAACAGUACCACAGGAAAGUACUGCUCAGUAGCUUUUAUUUGAAUGGUAACACCAUAGGAUUUCAUACACAGACUCAAAAGUCUGAACCACCUCAUGCAGCAUCAUGACAUCUAUUACAUUUAAGUUCUUUCCAGUCAGUCGUCCAGAAGCUUUCAUUCCAAUGGUUACAUUUUAGAAAACUGUCAAUUCUCCUUUUGGUUUGAAACCCACAAUGCCUCAAGCUACAAAGGUAAACCAUUGUCUAUAAUGAGUUUGUUUCUUUUAAUUACAGGAUGGAACUGAGUAUUAUGGAGGCUGGUAGGAGUUCAGUGAGGUCUUCACAGGGAUAAAUUGCAGCACAGAAGAGGUUCAUUCAACAAGGAUCUGAAGAGAUUCACACUCCCACUGGCUUCAUCAGUCACUGUAAGAGGCGCGCAAUUCCCAGAAAAUGUCAUUUGGGAUUGUUUUAGAAAUCUUGUAAGGGGCAAAUUUAUAGUCAGUUACAAUGAGGAGUUCUUCAGUCACUUUCCAAAGUCUUAAUCUAAAACGGGUUGAUCAUAACCUGUCGACACAAUUUUUAGGGAAUAUUCAUCCUGGGCUUUGUUUAGAAACCAGGAAAUGGGAACUAAUGUAUGGCGUUAAGCACUCUACAAGGCAGUUUUAUUGCCUUAUUGUAGUUUAUUAAAGAAGAGCUGGGAUUUUUUUACAUAAAUUUAUAAAUAAUAAUAUUAUUACAGGAUGCUAUAUGCUUUGCACAUAGUAUUUUCUUAUGAAAGAGCUAUAAAAUUUGUUGUUCCGCUGCAUGCUUCAUUUUCUGUUUAAAAUCAGUAGUUUUUUAUACUUGAUUCUCAUUGUCGACAUCAUGACUUUGUAUGCACUUGCUGACGUCACUAAGUUCUUAGUGACAUCACUCUUGAGAUGAUGUGUCAUUGACUAUUUGUACUGACUUCAUUGUUCAUCUUUACUGUGGUAUUUUGCCAGAUUUACAUUACCAAUUAAUAGUCUCCUUAGUUGGCCUCAAUGACAUCAUAACAUUCAGCCAUGUUACGUCACUAUGACAUGCACUUUUUCUAGAAAAAAAACACUUCAAAGCAAACUUUUCUAUCUCCCAUGAAGUCUGUCGUUACUAUUUAGGUAUCAUUAUAAACGUAGUUAAUCAUUCAAAAGAACUAAUGUAUUUGUUAGGAGAAAAUUAUUAUUAAUCAUUCGCUUGGGGAAAAAAUUUAUUUUAGGUGAAACAGGACUUAAAAAAAAGAAUUAAAUUAAAAAUAAUCGUAUUAAGCUUGAGAUCUGUCACACAGAGGUUUUUGAAAGUCCAAAGUGGACUGCGCUACCCGGUGGUGAAAUAAUUUUUUUUACUUUUCUACAACUGUAUUUGCUAAGGAAAAUAAAAUUGUAAUAUAUCUUAGAAACAUACCUGUAAUGGGAAAUUCAAUUAGGGGC